GCCAUUCGCCCGAAGUUAGGUUAGGUUCCCCUCCACCCGUCCGUCCCCCUCCCCCUCACCCGUAAGCUCUCGCUCUUUCCUUCUCGUCGGGAAAAUUCUGGACUUGACGCCAGUGUGCUGCCGAGGCUGAGGAAAUCAUCUGUGAUUCAGUAAACUGCUGAGUCAAGAUGGUGAAAGAAACCCGAUUCUAUGACGUGUUGGGUGUCAAGCCUCAGGCAACCACUGAGGAAAUCAAGAAAGCCUACAAAAAAUUAGCGUUGAAGUAUCACCCUGACAAAAACCCUGAUGAAGGCCACAAGUUCAAGGAAAUAGUCUCAGCGUAUGAAGUCUUAUCAGAUCCAGAGAAGCGUAAGACCUAUGACAGGUUUGGUGAACAAGCCAUCAAGGAGGGAGGUUCAAAUGGCGGAGGCUUUGGUGCACCUCAUGACAUGUUUGACAUGUUCUUCCGAGGGGCCGGCUUCUUUGGAGGUGGUGGUGGUUCCCGAAGUGAGCAUGCUCGACAGGCCAACAAUGUUGUGCACCAGCUUGCUGUAACCUUGGAAGAGUUAUACAAGGGAAGCACACGCAAACUUGCUUUGCAAAAGAACGUUGUGUGUACAAAAUGUGACGGAAAGGGUGGCAAGAAAGUGGAGACCUGUCCCAACUGCAAGGGUGUUGGUGUCCAAAUCCAAGUGCAGCAGCUGGGUCCCAACAUUGUGCAACAUGUGCAGAGCGCGUGUGGUGAAUGCCGUGGGCAGGGUGAACGAAUUAGCCCGAAGGACCGUUGCAAGCAUUGUAACGGCAAAAAGACCGUUCCAGAGAGGAAAAUCAUUGAAGUACACAUUGACAAGGGUAUGCAGGAUUCACAGAAAAUCACAUUUUCCGGUGAGGGUGACCAAGAUCCUGGUGUGGAACCUGGUGAUAUGAUCAUAGUCUUAGAUGAAAAGGAACACGAAGUAUUUAAGCGGUCUGGAAAUAAUCUCAUUAUGAGAAUGCAUUUGGAACUUGUUGAGGCGCUGUGUGGUUUCCAGAAGGUGAUCAAGACCCUCGAUGACAGAGAUCUUGUCAUUACCUCUCUCCCUGGUGAGGUUAUCAAGAGUGGUGACGUUAAGUUUGUUCAAAAUGAGGGUAUGCCUCAAUACAAAAAUCCUUUCGAAAAGGGCCGGCUGAUCAUUCAGUUCUUGGUGAAUUUCCCUACUUCAAUUGAUCCUGCGAUCAUUCCCCAAUUGGAACUAUGCCUUCCUCCCAGAGAGGAGAUCAUGAUCCCUGACACAGCGGAAGAAGUCAUGCUGGUGGAUAUGGACCCCAAUCAACAACGCCGUGAAUCCCGCAAGCAAUACAGUGACUUUGAUGAAAAUUGCGGUAACAGAGUACAAUGUGCACCACAUUAACUCAAGUGAUUUUUCUUAAUUUAUUUACCAAAUUUCACUUACUUUGAGCUUUCCUGUAACACUGAUCUAGAUUUACUAUUGCAUAGGACUCUUUAGGUCAGGAUUGUAGGCUUAUUUUCUCAACCAGUAUAAUAAAUGGAGACUACCAUUCCAAAGUAUGAAAAAAUGUGUUUACUUUAAGGCUAGCUUCAUUUAAUUUUAGCGUCUUCUACAGAAUGUUCUUGUACUUUAAGUACUAAUUCAAAUCAUCCCAUUUUGUACCAAGUUUAAUAGCAAUUGCCAACAGAACAUCUCUGUAAUAAAGUGGAGUAUUGUGUGCAGGUAA